AUGGUCCUUGAUGCCCUAAUCAAGAUCAAGAACGAGAUCGAUCCGUCUUUAACUUUCAGAAGAAGUUGCAGAGAAGGGAUUUGUGGAUCUUGCGCCAUGAACAUCAACGGCUGCAAUGGCCUUGCUUGCCUUACCAAAAUUGAUUCUGGAGCAUCGAAGCCCACGACCAUCACUCCUCUUCCUCAUAUGUUUGUGGUCAAGGAUCUCGUGGUUGAUAUGACCAAUUUCUAUAACCAGUAUAAGAGCAUAGAGCCAUGGCUUAAGAGGAAGACACCGCCUCCUGAUGGGAAGGAGAAUUUACAGAGUAAGAAGGAUAGGGCAAAGCUUGAUGGAAUGUAUGAGUGUAUACUGUGCGCUUGUUGUAGUACUUCAUGCCCUAGCUAUUGGUGGAACCCUGAGUCCUAUCUUGGCCCGGCUGCUCUCCUCCAUGCUCACAGGUGGAUAAGUGACAGCCGUGAUGAGUACACCAAAGAACGAUUGGAUGCUGUGUGUGACGAGUUCAAGCUCUACCGUUGCCAUACAAUUUUGAACUGUGCCCGUGCCUGCCCUAAAGGCCUGAAUCCCGGCAAGCAAAUAGCGACGAUUAAGAAGCUUCAAGUUACAACUGGAUUUUAGAACUAUUCAGGGUAAGAACUCAUUCAGUAUUGAUAGGGCAAUAUGCCCCUCUCUCUGUCUACUGAGUUCAUAUAAAUUAAUAACCCCAAACGAGCAUGUUCUCUUUUUUGCUUGUGAAUUGUAUGGGGCUCUGAAUUAGUAUGAUUUUGAGCUCUUCAAUUGUCUGAUUAAAUAAGUGUUUUGCUACUUGCCUUCAUGUAUUGAGAGGGGUCAUAUUCUUAUUGUAAUUUGUAAAGGAGCUUUUGGCAUUUUAUCUUUUUGUGGUGUGUGGGGUCUUCCAAUGAUCCUAUGCUAUCUUUAUGCAUGAAUUGUUUUGUAUGUUUAUCUUGGACAUGUGCAAAUGCAGAAGGAAGAAGGCGUGAAAUACACCCUU